AUGGAGAAGAAGAAGCAGAAGAGCAUUAACGACAUUCUUCCUCUUGACCUGAUUCAGAGAAUCUUACUGAGGAUUCCGGUCAAACAUCUCGGCCGCCUCAAGUGCGUUUCGAAGCUUUGGCACUCUCUUAUUUCCGAUCCAGACUUUGCGGAAUCGCAUCUUCACCUCUCUUUUGCACCCACCCAUGCGUGCAUCUACAUAAAAAACUCCACGGAAGCUUACCUUGUUCACCUAGAUGAAGCAUUUAAUGGCGACAAUUACCAAGUAAAAGAGGUAUCUUUCCCUUUCAAGAAGAAGCCAACUUCUGAGUUUCGUGUGAUGGGAUCCUGCAGAGGGUUUGUUCUCUUACACCAAGAGCCAUGCUAUUUUGUAGUAUGGAACCCACUCACCGGAUUCAGCAAUAUUGUUCAUCGUAGUAUGGGUAGGUGCUCUUAUUUUCUCGAUAAUGCGAUUCUAUAUGGAUUUGGUUAUGAUGCGUCACGGGAUGACUACUUAGUUGUUGUAGUUUGGCAGGCCAGUAACUGCCAACUCUUAGAUUGCUUUUCCUUCAAAACCAAUUCAUGUAUUAGUCUUGAUGCUGCACUCCUCAAACCGUUGGGUCUUACGGAGCGGCGAUCUUGUGGGUUGUUCUUGAAUGGCUCUAUUCAUUGGUCGUCUUCCUCUGGUAUGAAUGAAGCUCUUCUUGUAUUUGAUUUGAAGGAAAGAAGUUUCUCAAAGAUAUCUUUGCCUGAACAACUCAUAAUGCGUGGUCCUACCAAAUUUGUCAUACUAGGAGGGUGCCUAGCCUUGUAUUCUCAUGACUAUGUUGAACGUAAAACACACAUAUGGGUCAUGAAAGAAUACCAAGUGCACUCAUCUUGGACUUUGUAUGUCAUUCCUUGUUUAGAGUUUGAGUCUCUAUGCUUAUCCAAUGGUAGUGACAUUAUUGAAGUAGAUCCUAUUCUAUCUGUUCCGGCUAGAUUAUUAAAGUUUGCCAAAUAUAAUAUCAGAGAAGAGCUGCUUCAACAUUUUACACGUCCUACUACUUCUUAUUUUGGGCACUAUUCUUACCACUAUGCAAGUUACACUGUAUAUACAGAGAGUCUCUUGCUGUUCCCUAGUGAUAGUAAGCAUGAGAAUAAGAAGAACAAUAAUGUUAUUUAA